AUGGCUGAUCAGAUUAUAAACGAAGGGCCCUGGUUUGUAAUAGGUUUCUGUUUCAAUGUUCAACGUUGGCCAAGCAACAUGGCCAUAGAGGAACUGCCACUCCACAAGGUGGCUUAUUGGAUCCAAGCCCAUGGGAUCCCUUUGAAUUUACUCACUGCAAGGAAUGCUCUAGAGAUUGGUGAAAAGCUGGGAAAGGUUAAAGAAGUUGAAAACCCUUGGGAGAAAGGUUCAAGAGGCUUCUUGCACAUGAGGAGAAAUCAUGAUAGUAGAGCUCCAAUCAACACACAAGCUCCGAAAGGAGUUCAGAGGAAAGCAAGAGAAAUAGGAGUGGUUAACCCAGGUGUUCUGGUGGCGUGUGUAAGCCAAUCCGGAGAUGGAAGCAGUGAAGGAGUUCGGGACCACGAGUGGUUUGGUUGUGUAGGUGGUACUGAGACGAAACCGUAG